CGGCUGGUGACAGUUGGCGAAUUUGAGGGUCUUGCUGAAGAAGGGACUACGCGAGCAAAGUUUUGAAUUAAUGUUCUAAAAUAUUUACUUUAUUGAUAAACAUGUGUAACCCGUCGCAGCGAGGGUUGAAAUAAUUGAUUUCAGACACUGUUUUAUUUUGUAAUGGGAGAGAGAAAGCUAGAGUGACAGCGAAUAUUGCGCGCUAUAAGAUAUUCUAGAUAUUUUCUGGAUACAUGUUAGGCGCAAUAAAAACUAAUUAAUUAGACCAUUAAUCAAAGGGUUUAAUUUACAAUAGGACAGGAGAAUCGUUUUGAAUACCGUACAUAUCGUUGUGUUUGGGUAGAGCCGGACGAACAGAUUGCUUUUUCAGUGCGCGAGGGCAGAAGCUAUCAGACUCGGAGCGCGAAAUCCUGAGGGCUCGAGAGCAACUGGUAAAAAAAUUGACAAGUUAUUUUUGUUAAAUGAUUAAUAUUCCUGUUACAUGUUACUAGUUUCUAAAAUAUAUGUCAUCGGACAAUUGUUUCAUAUAUAAUAGCAUUGAUCGGAAACGAAUUUAUUAAUUUAAAAUUAUUAUUUACCAUCCAUACAAAGUGAAUAAUUUAUAACUAAACGAUCGGGAUAACCGUUACCUGUUAAUGUGAGACGCACUGUAUUCUUUUUAUACAUGUCGGAUAAAUAAAGGUAACUACAAGAUAUUUAGUUACAAUUAAAAAAAUAGUGCAUUGAUCUUUGUGUAGAGAGGAGAGUUAAGUCUGUGUUUCUGAUAAUUCACUCCUUGGUGACCAUGUCCGAAAUGUGUAAAAUACAGCCACAGACGCCUCCGUCCGAGAACUGUUCCUCAAAUCCCGAUCAAGCAACUGUUGCUCACAGCGAGUCUACCUUGACGAGCGAGCAAGGACUGACAUUUAGCACAGACCUCAAUCUGGUGGAGAUGACUGAGGUGGAAUAUACGCAACUUCAGCACAUUAUCUAUUCACAAAUGGAGGCACAGGUUGAGCAGGGGGGAGCUGUUGAAUCGCGGUUAAACCCCGGCGUUUAUACAACAAGCAGUCCCUCAAACCAGACUGUCUGCCAGCCCCCUAACCCACAGCAUUUGGAGUAUCCAACAGCAAACCCUGCGAAUCCCUCUGUAUACUGCACUAGCAGCAGCCAGCCAGACCUCACUGCAGAUGCCCGCUUUAUCACUGCCAACACAAAUCAUGGACAUGUAGACUUUCAAGAAUUUAAAAUGAUUUUGAUGAGUGAUCCAUCGCUCAAUAACGCUGUAUUAACAGAAAAGACCCCUACUAACUGUGGCGAAGCACCGGGGACCAAUUUAGCUAAAGCAAGGCAUGCUGAAGAUAUGUGUAGAGAACACAGAGAUUUUCCAAUUGAAAACGCCAAAGCAACCGCUGAAUCGAGACCUAAUCCUGCAGCCCGAGUUCGACUGGAGAAGAGAUUUAAUUAUAACCCUUCUGAAGUUUCCAGACACCAAGAGCCGCAGGAAUCAUCGGCUGCCUUAAGCAAUUUUUUAACAUUGCUUCAUCAACCUUCGGAGCUGCUUGGGGUAUCUCUUCAGUCACAGCCAAACAAAUGCAACACGAUGUCAAAGAACAAGACAGCUCCAACUUCUACCACUGUAGAAUUUAGUCACCCACUGUUUGGUGCUAAUAUGUGUAAUUCAAUUGGCAGCUUUAAUACCACAAAUGCACAGAACAUCGGAAGUCUGUCUCAGAUGUUGGAGUCUGCUAAACACCAUGAGCUUGUGAUUCCCAGAAACUUCACUUUCAGUUAUCAGCAAGAAACAGAACCUGCAAAGAAAACAGUGGCAAAUCAAACCCAACAAGUCCUUGAGCACGUUUGGGUUAAGCUAGAAGAAGAAACUUCACAUAAACAUACAGCAAACAAACGCACCAGAACCAGAGGACGUCAGGCAGACACAGAGCGGAGAGCUCUCACUGAUAUUCAAAAUGUACCAGCCAGCCAGCUUACCAGAGCGGCCACCAGCACUCGGAAGAAAAGCAUCCUGGAGGGAGAGAAUUCACAGCGCAGAGAGAGACACAAUUGCAUGGAGCGAGACAGGAGACGGAGAAUUCGCAUUUGCUGUGAUGAACUCAAUAUGCUGGUUCCAUUUUGCACCUCUGAGACUGACAAAGCUACAACACUGCAGUGGACAACAGCAUUUCUCAAGUACAUUCAUGAAAUACACGGAGACAGUCUUAAAAGGGAGUUUGAGGGUGUUUUUUGUGGGAAGACUGGGAAGCGCAUGAAGCUUGGUAGAGCUGAACAAUUUGUGACUUAUGGAGAACAAGGGAAUUCACUGAGCAAUGCAGCAACAGAGCAAAAAUGAUACAUCUAUAAAUAUAUACACCAUAUAGGUGAAUAUAUGAUUUUUGAAACAAAAUAGUAAAGUUAACAUAAGGGCAACAUAUCUCCUUCCUCAUGCUUAUUGUUUUAUGCUUCAUGUGGAGGCUGUGCCUAGACUAGUCUAUUCUGAACCACAUAGUUUGAACUUUUAGCCAGCUGUUAUAGCAUGUUUGCUGGGCCACUGAAUGGUUUUAAAAAUUGUAGAAGAAAUCAUUUAUUCCUGCAUCCCUUCUGUACCCAUCUGUAAAUUAUAUACAGCCACAAGAAAGUAGCACAAGCGAAUUAUCUUUAUACUUUUUUUUUCUUUUAAACGUUUAUCAAAGGCAAAUUUCUUGCUUUAAGCUGUACACAGCGUGGUCUGUUUUUAUUUAUUUUUUGUAUUGUGGUAAAACAGUGGCACUAAUCUUAAUAAUUCUAGUCUAAAAUGUUUACGUGCCCUUCCAUAAACGGAAGAGGAUGUCCUUUAUUUAAUAAACCUGUUUCUCAUUCACAAUUUGGUGAGACUGCUCAAAACUUAACUUUGCCUAUCUAAAAUAAAAUUAAAUGCUGGGUUUUAAACCCUUCAGAGGUGUCACUGUUUCUUCACGAUUGUUUUUACAUGGCAUAUACAACAUGGAUUUCUAAAAAUAAGUAGAUGGCUUCAAAAAUAUAUGAAACUGACACUUUUAAUCUACAGUGUACAGUGUAUUGGUGGAAACAAAUUCAGUGCAUGUUAUCUUUUAAUAAAG